CCCAAACUAAACCCACUGUCUUCUCUUCCUCCCAACCAAAGCCUCUUUCCUAAGAAGAUAAAAACAUUAAAAUAAACCCAAAAAAUGAGACACAUUAGCCACCUUGACACCACCAUCAGCACCACAAAGGCAGCAGCCACUUCACCAUCACCAUCACCACCAGCAGUAGUCCAACCUCGCUCACCGUGGCACUCACCAGUGCCAUACCUCUUUGGAGGUUUAGCAGCUAUGUUGGGGUUGAUUGCUUUUGCUUUAUUAAUCUUGGCUUGCUCUUACUGGAGAAUUUCUGGUCGUUUAGACAGUGAAAAUGAAGGUAAUGAUCUUGAAAGUGGAAAUGAAAAGGAAGGAAAGCCAGAGAAUAAGGUUUUUGAAGAGAAGUUUUUGGUUAUUAUGGCUGGAAAUGAGAAGCCAACAUUUUUAGCCACUCCUGUUUGCAGCAAAGCCUCUUCCUUUGUAGCCAAGAUUGAUAACCAAGAAGAAGCGAAGACAGAGAGUACACCUACUGGUCAUGAUGACAAGGUGAAAAAUCAAGAAAUGAUUGGUGACAGCCAUGAUCAAGUAGCAACAACUACAACUGAAGAAAAUACAGAGACGCAAGAGAACCAGCAAGCUCAAGAACAAAAUUAAGCUCCAAUGAGCAAGAAAUAAAUCCAAUUUGGAGAGGAAAAAGACUAAAGAGAGUGCCUUUUUCAGGGAGUUUUCUUGUAUUGCUUCUCUUUUGUUAUUUUCGUGGUUUUGCUCUUGUACUUCUCCGGGAAGUGUAAAUUUUGCUGAGAUGAAAUAGUUAUUAGCAGAAAAAUUAAGUUCUCUUCUUUCAAGCUAA